AUGGAACUGGAAAUGAGACCAUUUACAGCACCAUUCUUUCUCUUCCUGUUAGACCGAGUAAGGUGUACCUUUCCACGGAGAUGCCGCUUCAAUCAAAUGAACUUGCUUCCUUGUCCGCUUGAUUGGAGGAGUGUCAUGCCUACCUCCUACGUGGGUACCAAACAGGCAAGCAUCGAUUUCGAGGAGAACAGCGGUGAAUCCAAGCAAUCGCUUGAGACGUUUACGAGAGCCACCACCAUUGUUACUACCAGUGGUGGCCACAACUGCUUUGAACAGCAACAGGAGAAGAAGAAGACUGUGGAGGUACAUGUCAUUGAAUUGUGCUAG